UUAAAAUUGGCGCAUUGCCCAGUGCGUUUGGCGCUUCAACUCAGUCACAAGUCGACCAAUCUGUUGGGUGUUUAUUUAGAAAAUUCGCGACAUCAUAUUCUGCCAGUGUUAUUCGUCAAAUCGCAGUUAUCGUUCGACGUAAACGAAUAAAUCGUCUCUCGUGUCAGUUCACCGCCGAAAAUGGAUUGCGCCGAUUUAUUACGUUUGUUUACGUCCGAAAUGUCGGGCUUCCAAAAUAGAUUCUUUUCUUAGAUUGCGUUGUCCCGGUUAGUAAGGAGUUUGUUAUCCGCCUCGAUUUGUCAGCGGCAGUGAUAUAGGAGUGUGGUGAUGAGUGAGAGAAAUGAAACGGAAAAGAAAUUAACCUUGAAAAUCCCUAUCAUAAAAGCCGAAUCCGAAACCCAAACCUCAGGCCUUUUAGUAUCCAGAUCCCCAGAGAAGACGAAUUUAGAAGAGAUGGAGGCUGAAGACAGGCAGACCAUGUCCAUUAGGAAGAGACGAAACCUCUCCAAAAACAGAGGUCAAGCAGCAAGACAAAGAGAGAAGACUCCUGAACCCGGUAGGACCCCGGUCCCUCAUGAAGACACAACUACCUCAGAUGAAGAUGAGAAGCCCCCAAGAAAUUCUAGAGAGCUAGAAGCUGAGACGACUUAUUUGGAAAUGAAAAGACUGGUGCAAGAAAGGGCAAAUGUCAAAGAUCCAGUCUAUGAUCUAGACACGGACGAAAUUCUGGAAGCAAGAGCGUUUGCCGCAAACGAACGAAGACGCCGCAGUAUCUCACCAUUUGCUAUACCAGACAAAGAAGAACUAUCUAAAUUAGAAAGAAAAGGCAGUUUUAUAGAUCCAGCAAAUAAACUACUGAGCACAAAUUACACAUUGAGUCCUAAAGAUGAAGACUCCAGUCGGCGAAGUUCUCUUACAAUUGAAACACCGGUUGAAAAGAGAGGUUCUCUUUCCCCACCUACUCCAAUAAGUACAUCACCCAAGGAAAAGACUUUCCCUCAUCCUUUACCUACAACUCCAAAGAAAUUAGAAGAAAUGGUAUACAGUGAUGAAAAGAAAGAGAAAUCUAGUGAAAAAGUAUUGAAAACUCCACUGAAAAAAGAAGCUGAUGUAUUUACAUUCGAGGAAAAAGAAAUAAAACAACCUGAGAAAAAACCUACGCCUAAAACACCUGAUUCACUCACACCUGCAACCCCAGGAGAUAUUGUGACAAAAGUUAUUCAAGUGGAGAGAACGCCAAGUAAAAAAUUAACAGCUGAUAAAAAACCAACUGUCGAAGUGAGGGAAAGAAUCGUUAGAACUCCAAGCAGGAAAAUGUCAGCUGAUGUUAAACCUAUUGUUAUGAGACAAUCCGUUAAACAAACAAAAGACGAACCACAAAGCAGGGUACCGCCAGUGAAACCAGCGCGAAGCAAAUCCGCUACAAGAUUUGGGAGUAAAACUAGUGAGAGUGAGAUGAGUGAGGAUCAAGGUAACCAAAUCGGAAAUACUACCGGCCCUACGAGAAAGGUAGUGCCCACACCUCGACGUUUUACCAAACACCGUUCUCCAAGAGCUAACCGUUCGCAAUCGGUUAACCGAGUUGAGGAUACAGCCCCCAAAGUCAUAGAUAGAACAGGUACAGGAAUGAGUCAGACUAGUAGAGAAAUUAUUGAACUGAUGCAGAAAGCUCGAGCAAGGAGUCUGUCCAUUCCCAAAGACGAUCCUAGACUUCCAGCUGAGUACAAAAGUCACAGUAAUAAACUACAGACUCCUAAUAAAACACCAUCAACUACGCCAAGAAAUGUAAGAGGAAUAUCAUGCCCUAAAACCAUUCAAAUAAUCAGUGACAGAGUAAUCUUAUCUGGUUUGACGACAAAUCAGAGAGUAGAAUUAGAAAAGGAAAAGCGAAGUAGUCGACAAAGCUCUGGGUAUGUGGACGCAAGUCAAUCUGAGUACACUUCGAGUUGUUAUUCCACAUCUCCAAGUGAAAAUGAGUACGAGUUUGAUUUAUCCGAACGAACAGCUGAAUUGGCACGAAAAUUGCACCUUUUGUCCCAAGAAGCAGAUAGCGAAGAAACGAAAAGUAUAACGGCUUUAACUAAAGAACAUACAGAAGCAAAUAGAGAGAUCCAGGCUGAAAAGCCAGUCUUAAGAAAGAGGUCAGUGGCUGCUAAAAAUGGUGUACAAAAACCAAGUGAGCAGGAAAGUGACACCAAAAAACCUGAGCCAAAAGAGAAUAAACCUGCAGUUAAAUCUAAAUGGAAAAUCAUAGCUGAAUGGCAACAAUAUAAGGAAGAUCGCAAAGCAGAUUGUGAGAAGAUUCGGUUGCUACGAAACAGGUGUAUCUGCGAUAUUAUUUUGUUGAUCAUUUUUUGUGGAUUAGGCGGAAUGAUGUUCAAAAGUUUCGAAGGAUCUUUUGAAAAUGCCUACAAAUGUAGCACGCGAAGUGUGAAGCGAGAUUUCAUUGAAGCCUUAUGGCGUGGGAGUCAUUACUUGCGGGAAGAUGAUUGGAAAUCUAUGGCUCGAAAUAAGUUAUUCGAAUUCGAAAACCAAUUACAUACGGCAUUCGAACAAGGAAUCACUUCAUACAGUGGACUUAGAUCCUGGAGUUUUAUGAACUCGUUCGUCUACUGUUUAACAGUAAUUACGACUAUUGGUUAUGGCCACAUCGCGCCAAAGACGACGUAUGGGCGGGUCGCCACCAUCGCGUAUGCCAUCGUGGGUAUUCCUCUCUUCUUGAUCGUGCUGGCAGACUUCGGCAAACUCUUCACGAGGAACAUCAAGUUCUUCUGGUCUUUCAUCAGGAGAUUCUACUACACGAGGAGCUGUAGGAAGGUCAGGAGGACCGCGCCGAUGCAGGAGAUGAUGAAAGGCCUGAACAUCGUUUACGACGUCGUGCGGCGGCCCUCCCAAAUAUUCAACGAGGAAGACGUCGAAAGCCUCCCCGAGCCUCCUGCAAUCGAGAGGAAACCAAGCGACGUGCCUCCACCUCUACCACCUAAGCCAGGAACUCUACCAAGAGAUUUCGACAACGAAACCGAUCCUGAGACGCCAGCGCCAUCUGUCUUCGAAAUCGACGACGAAUUCAAUCUCCCUAUCUCAGUCGCCAUUGUUAUUCUGGUCAUAUACAUCCUUAUUGGAGCCUUAGUGUACCACACUUGGGAAAACUGGAGCUUCUUCGAGUCUUUCUACUUCGUCUUCAUAUCCAUGUCCACCAUAGGUCUUGGGGAUUUGGUGCCGGAUCACCCGCAUAGAAUGAUGGGUUCCAUUUUGUAUUUAGUAUUCGGUUUGGCCUUAACUUCUAUGUGCAUCAACGUUGUUCAACUUAAACUGAAUGAUACGUUUAAGCAGGCUAGUGCUAAGCUUGGGGCUACUAUUGGUCUCCAGGUGGCAGAAGAUGAUGGAAGCCUAGUGAACAAAACACCACCUCCAACAGAAAUCGUUCCCGUACACAAACCAAAAGUCGAACUUGAGGUUAGUAAAACAAAAGAAAUAGAAAACAAUACAAGUAAAGAAGCGGAAAAUGACUCGAAUAGUAAAAACAGAUAAGUUACUAUUAGAAUUAAAUUGGUGCUAAUUAGUUUAUUGGAAAUAAGUGAUAUUGUUACUAACUUAUAGAUUCUAUUUAUGUGUACCGUAUUUGUUGCUGUGUGUAAAUAUUUUGUUUUGUAAUUUGAAUAAACAUGCCAUUUUAUACAUCCAA